AAUCAGCGGUGUAGGAAUGGAACAUGAAAGUUGAAGUCUCUUUUGUCUCCGACAUGCUUUCCCCCGUGCUCCGGCUGAGCGCAACUGUAGCGACCCAAUUGAUCCAUGGCCUUUCGUUCCUAACCACCACCACUUCCAUCUUCCAAUCCAAAUAGAACAAGCAAGAAGAAAAGUAGAUUGAUAGAAAAGAGAGAAAAGUCGUAAAAGAGAGAGAGUGAAUCUAAUUGCAACUUUAUUCGAAUUCUUAUAGAAUCUUUGCCAGUUCAAUUCUCCAAAGAAUAUAUAAUUCGUUAAAAAAGGAAUCGAGAGUGGUUCUUUAUUUGAUUGAUUGAUGGAGGAAAGAGACCAACAUGAGCAUCACCAAAAGCGUCAUGGAUGAAGAGGAGUCGUUUGAGGACUCCGGAACGCCCCUUUCUUUUAUAGCAGAUGCGUUUGAGGAGCUCGCCAAGAUCGUCUCCACAAGCUCUGAGGACCUUCGCUUGGUUCCUUUCUCCGAUGCUUGUUCCCUUGUCUCUGUUCUCUUUGGAUGCCUUGGCAUCGCUUUCAAAUUCGCCGAAUUGGAGUACGUUGCCAAGGUCCGUGAUCUAGUAGAAGCAUCGAAGACAUAUGACACUUUAAAAAACAUUCUUGAUCAUGAUGUUGAAAAUGACUCAGUUAGAACGCCGGGGAGCCGUUCACGUAAUUUACGUAGAGUUAGACAGGGUCUUGACCUCAUCAGAGCUUUGUUCAAACAAUUCCUUACAUCUGAUGAAUGUUCUUUGAGGGAAGCAGCUUCAACAGCAUAUGCACAGGUCUGUGCUCCAUACCACAAAUGGGCUGUCAGGACAGCAGUUUUUGCUGGAAUGUAUGCACUUCCAACAAGGCAACGACUUUUAGAGCUGCUAAAUGAAACAGACCACUCAGUAGAGAAGGAAAUGAGAAGGUACAUUGAUGCCUCCCUUCCAGUAAUAGAAUACAUUGAUAAGCUUUACAUCUCAAAGAAUAUCAGCUUGGACUGGUGACCUGAUCUGUUGUGGUUGGUUAGCUCAUACCGUAGCAAAACCACCUUCUUUUGCAAAUUUUAAAGUGCAAUUAGGUGUAAGAAAGUCUGCAGGUUUUGCAAGGCAAAUUCAACUCCACACCAGCUCAUAUUUUGCUCCUUAGAUUUUGUAUUCUUUGGUAAUGUAAUAUUAUUCCUGGUUUGGGAGAUCUUAGAAAAUUUGAUGUUUGAUGCGAUGCACUGUCAUGAUAGACAGCUGUAAGGUCAAGCCUGGUCAGUUCUAAUGAAUAUUUCAAAAGUACUGAGUCUUCCAUGUAUAAAUAAUGUUUCAUUACUAGGUAA